AUGGCGCCAAAGAGACAAGUUUCUAUUAGUCAUUUUUUCCCCAGUCAAACCUCCAAGUCGUCUUCUGAAGCACCAGCAAAAAGUUGUAAUAACAUUGUUCCGCCAAAGGUAACGGCUUCUUGUUCAAAUGGUAUUGACAAAUUUCAGUAUUCUAGAAGAAAAAAUUUGGACAGGAGGGAAGAAAAAGUGGCGACUCCAUCUUCAGAGGACACAAGUGUCCCUUCUUUGAGCAUUGCUGAUAAUGAUGAAGAUACGGUUGAGACUCUGAGCUUAAAUGCGAUAGAGAAAUUUCAAUACGAAACUCAUUUGUCCGAUGACUUGUAUCAAACUCGAGUGGAGGAAUCCUUGAAGAAAAGACUGGCAAAUGAGGAAGUUCAACUAAAUCAUAAAUCAAAAAAGGCUCGUGCUACUAAACUUACCCCGUUGGAAGGUCAAAUAGUUGAACUCACCGAGAAGCAUCCUGAUAAAGUCCUCUUGAUUCAAAUUGGAUACAAGUAUAAAGCAUUUGGCGAAAAUGCAAAACACGUUUCAAAAUGUCUCAAUAUAAUGUAUAUAUCAGCAUCUGAUCCAAGGUUUUCAUAUUGUUCUUUCCCAGAGAAUAGACUACAUAUCAACCUUCAACGAAUUUUGAAUUCGGGAGUUAAGGUAGGAAUAGUCAAGCAAAUGGAAUCUGCAAUUAUCAAAGAAAUCGAUAAAGUUGGCAAGAGUGGCGAUCUAAUUAAAAGAGAAGUUACAGGUGUUUAUACCAAGGGUACAUAUAUGAGCGAUGAAUUCAUUGGAAGUAAUUUGAUUCCAAAUUCCGAUGAGCACGAAAACCCCAACUAUAUUGUUUGCAUUAAUGAAACUUCUCAAGGGGAUUUUGCCGUUGUUGCUGCUCAACCAUUAACCGGUGAGAUUAUCUAUGAUGUAUUUGGUGAUAAUGUAGGCCGCGAGGAAUUGGAGACGCGAUUACUAUAUCUUCGGCCAAGCGAAGUAAUUGUUAUAAACAAGGAGGCUGAGAUUUGUGCCAGUACAUUGAAAUGUCUAAAAUUGAUAAAUCAAGAGUUGAAGAUUGAGCAUAAAACUGUUGAGCCUAGCGUAUUGAACUCUUACUUGAACCCAAGUAUAGUGGAGUUUUACAGGUCAAAUUUCCCCUUAUCUAUUCAAGAAUGCAUUUCAGAACUUCUCAAGUAUUUAGCAGAAUUCAAAUUGAGCAACAUUUUCACAAUACCUCAAAAUUUAAGCACAUUCAAGGAUUCUAGAAAGUACAUGAUUCUUCCUGCCAACACUUUAAACGCAUUAGAAAUAUUCACAAACUCCACCAAUCCCAAGUCUCCGAAAGGUACGCUUGUUUGGUUGCUAAAUCACACACGGACAAGAUUUGGGGAUAGACUUUUGCACAAGUGGCUAUCAAGACCAUUGAUUGAACGCGAUAGGAUUGAAGAAAGGUACCAAGCGGUGGAGGAUUUGAGUAAUCAGUUUAAUCAUGUUGUUGACUCCUUGAUCAAACAGUUGACUAAAAUCGGUAAAAACUUGGAUUUGGAAGAGCUUUUGAUCAAGAUUCACUAUUCUGCUACCACGCAGUCUACUAGGAUCAAUAGAAGUCAAAUCUUUUUGAUGUUGCAAAGCUUUAAUGAUAUAUUAAAGUUGGUUAAGCUGUUUGAAAAAACAAUUAUGGGGUCAUUAAACUUGAAAUCUCCCUUACUAACUACCAUGUUGAAGGAUUUGCUAGAACUGUCAAAGACUGACAUUGUAUAUAACUUCACAAACAUGAUCAACCCAGCAUACUUGCUUAAUGAACUGAGGGACCCUUUUGAGCAGAAAACAAAGUUUUUCAACUUGAACUAUGGCUUCGAUGAUAUUAAACACGAGUUUGAGGAGAUUAGAAAUGUUGAAAAAUUAUUGGACGAAGAAUUGUUGAAAAUUAGACGGCUUUUGCAGCGGCCGCAAUUAAAGUACGUGACGAGUAAUAGAGAGCCAUAUUUAAUUGAAGUUCGCAAUGGGAAACAAGUGGGCUCACUUCCGGCGUCGUUUUCCAAAAUCAAUGGGACAUCAACAGUAAGUCGUUUCCGUUCGAAAGAAGUAUCCGACCUAUAUAAAUUAAAACAAUAUCACGAAGAAAUGUUGGUUCAAAAAUGCGAUGAUGCAUUUGUUGAAUUUUUGCAAAAUAUAGAUUCUCAAUAUGGGUUUUUUCAAAAAAUUGUCAAGCAUUUAGCUGUAUUCGAUUGUUUGCUUUCUUUGACUGCAAUAAGUGUGCUAAACACCAAAGUGAAACCAACAUUGACUGAUGAAUUGGGUAUCAAUGUGAAGAAUGCACGUCAUCCAAUUAUUGAGCAAUUGAGGGAUAACUAUGUUGGUAAUGACAUAAAUAUUCAAUAUGAUUCCAAUCGAGCGUUGAUUAUCACAGGUCCAAAUAUGGGAGGAAAAUCAUCGUAUGUGAAAAUGGUUGCGUUGUUUACAGUCAUGACUCAAAUAGGGUGCUAUCUACCAUGUGAAUCUGCAACAAUGGGAAUAUUCGACUCGAUAUUUAUAAGGAUGGGAGCCAGUGAUAAUAUUCUCAAGGGUAAUUCUACAUUUAUGACUGAGAUGUUGGAAUGUGCUAAUAUUAUUCAGCAUUUGACAAAUAGGUCAUUGCUUAUUUUGGAUGAAAUUGGUAGGGGAACAGGAACAACUGACGGAAUAGCAUUGGCAUAUGCAAUUUUGAGAUACUUUAUUGAAUCUGAAAAAAAACCUUUACUAUUAUUUAUCACUCACUAUCCAUCAAUCCAUGUCCUUGAGCACGAUUACCCAGGGGACGUAGUCAACUAUCAUAUGGGAUUUGAAGAGAUUGCCAGUAAAGAUCAAGAUUUCCCCGAAGUCAUAUUUUUGUAUAACUUGUGUCGCGGGGUGGUUAAUAGUCUGUAUGGAUUGAACGUUGCUAAAUUAUCCGGGAUACCUAACGAUGUAAUUUCCGAAGCUUAUAAAGUUAGUGAAGAGUUGAAAAACAAGAUUGAGAUGGAAGAUAAUAUUCAUUUACUAGAGACAUUGAGAAUGGUUUUGCAACAAAAAACAAGUAUGGAAAACAUUUUCAAGUUUCUAGAUUGA